AGGCCGGUAACAUCAACAGUGAGGACAAACCCAGCCUGCCUCUCUCUUUCCACACUGAGUCCAAACCUACAGUCACUGGGUCCUGAUUGUGACACUGGAGGCCAGUUUCUACAGCAGGAUCCAGAGAUGACAUCAGUGAAGCUGGAAGACUGCAGUCAAACACUGGAGCUGAAUGUCAACAUUAAAGAUGAAGAAGAAGAGGAGGAGAAGAUUGGUAAAUCUGUUUCUCAUGGACGACUAGAAUUAAGUCUGAGGCCGGUAACAUCAAUAGUGAGGACAAACCCAGCCUGCCUCUCUCCUUCUACACUGAGUCCAAACCCACAGUCACUGGGUCCUGAUUGUGACAGUGGAGCCCAGUUUGCACUGCAGGAUCCAGAGAUGACAUCAGUGAAGCUGGAAGACUGCAGUCAAACACUGGAGCUGAAUGUCAACAAUAAAGAUGAAGAAGAGGAGGAGAAGAUUGGGAAAUCUGUUAAUCAUGGAGACCAUGUUGAGACAUUCUCUACAUCUAGAGAGCAACAGCAGGAAGAUCAGAGAGCUAAGAGGUCUCACCACUGCCCACAUUGUGAGGAGAUUUUCCCAAUUCUAUCAAAGCUAAAAAUACACCUAAAAAUACACACAGGAGAGAAUCCGUAUCCCUGUACUGACUGUGGGAAGAGAUUCACAACAUCAGGGAAUCUGACAGUUCAUCAGAGAGUGCACACUGGAGAGAAGCCUUACUCCUGCCCUGACUGUGGAAAGAUUUUCUCUCGACUGGGCCACUUAAAAAGACAUGAACAUAUACAUACAGGAGUGAAGCCUUACUCCUGCUCUGACUGUGUUAAAUGCUACACAACAUCAGCUGAGCUAAAACUUCAUCAGAGAGUGCACACUGGAGAGAAGCCUUACUCCUGCUCUGACUGUGGAAAGAGUUUCUCUCGACAGGGUUUUUUAAAAGCACAUGAACAUAUACAUACAGGAGUGAAGCCUUACUCCUGCUCUGACUGUGGGAAGAUUUUCUCUCAACUGGGCAACUUAAAAACACAUGAACGUAUACAUACAGGAGUGAAGCCUUACGCCUGCUCUGACUGUGUCAAAUGCUUCACAACAUCAACUGAGCUAAAAGUCCAUCAGAGAACACACACAGGCGAGAAGCCUUACUCCUGCUCUGACUGUGGAAAGAAUCAUAUAAAGAUGGUGUAA